AGGUUCUGGAAGACAGCGUCGCUGCCGCCAUUUUGCGGGAAGAGGAGCAGCUGCGGCUGCAGCGGGGCUUUUACUGCCGAGACUAGAAAAGAACCGAGCUUCGCGCUCGUCAGCUCUCCCAAAGCAGCGAAGAGAACCCGGACCCAUCCUUCAGGGACCCGGAACUGAUCUGACACGAUGGCGUCUGAUGACUUUGAUAUAGUGAUUGAGGCCAUGCUGGAAGCGCCCUAUAAAAAAGAGGAGGAUGAGCAGCAAAGGAAAGAGGUUAAAAAGGACAGUCCUAGCAAUACCACCAUCAGCACCGGCACCAGUGGCAGUGGUACCAGUGGGAGCACCACCACUGGGGAGACGAGCAAAAGGAAGAGAAGUCGGAGCCGUAGCAGAAGCAGGGAUAGAAAGCGCAGUCGCAGCCGAGACCGGGACCGGCAUAGAAGGAGAAAUAGUCGGAGCCGAAGCCGAGAUCGCCAGCAUCGUCACCGUAGCCGUAGCAGGGACCGUCGGCACAGUAGUGAGUCACGAAGUCGCGACCGGCGUCGUGAGGAUCGUGUGCGCUAUAGGAGUUCUCCACUUGCUGCUGGGCCUAGAUAUGGACAGAAUAAGAGUCCUCAUGUCAGAGAGAAGAGCCCGGUCAGGCAGCCAGUGGAUAACCUGAGCCCUGAGGAGCGUGAUGCCCGUACAGUUCUCUGCAUGCAGCUGGCUGCCCGCAUUCGGCCUCGAGACCUGGAGGAGUUUUUCUCUGCCGUUGGCAAGGUUCGUGACGUGCGGAUCAUCUCAGAUCGGAACUCACGUCGUUCAAAGGGCAUUGCCUACGUGGAAUUCUGUGACAUCCAGGCUGUGCCACUGGCCAUUGGACUAACUGGGCAACGGCUCCUGGGAGUUCCUAUUGUGGUCCAGGCCUCACAGGCUGAGAAAAAUCGACUGGCAGCUGCAGCCAACAGCCUGCAGAAGGGUGGUGGUGGACCAAUACGCCUCUAUGUGGGCUCCCUGCACUGCAAUAUCACUGAGGACAUGCUCCGAGGCAUCUUUGAGCCCUUUGGCAAAAUCGAUAAUAUUGUUCUGAUGAAGGAGUCAGAUACAGGCCGAUCUAAAGGUUAUGGUUUCAUUACAUUCUCAGAUUCCGAAUGUGGCCGACGGGCCCUGGAACAGUUGAAUGGCUUUGAGCUUGCUGGUCGACCUAUGAGGGUUGGCCAUGUGACAGAGCGACCAGAUGGCACCACAGAUAUCACUUUUCCUGAUGGAGACCAGGAACUGGAUCUGGGUUCAUCAGGUGGACGUUUGCAGCUCAUGGCCAAACUAGCAGAAGGUGCUGGACUCCAACUGCCAACCCCAGCGGCUGCUGCUGCUGCCGCCCAAGCUGCUGCCUUGCAGCUGAAUGGAGCAGUCCCCCUGGGAACCCUGAACCCGGCGGCUCUGACUGCUUUGAGUCCAGCUCUGAACCUUGCUUCCCAGGCCAUCGCCUCCCAGUGCUUACAGCUCUCAAGCCUCUUCACCCCACAGACCAUGUAAAUCUGGCGCAGUAAACUGCCUGCCUGUGUCUGGAUCCUGCCGGUCUCUUCUCCUCGUCUGGUUUUCCACUGCCCCAUCUCUGUUUUGUGGACCAUGCCAUCCCAAAGAUCUGGAUGUCGACUCUGGAAAAGUCGGGACCACCCUUUGACAUCAAGAAGAGCUCUUGCCCGUGGCCCCACUGGGAGUGGACUCUUCUGAGCGAAGCCCCCAGUUAAAGAGAACAGAAUCUGCCCCUGCUUUGAAGCCCUGUUCCUCCAUGGAUAUCCUCUCCCGAGAUGACCUUCCUGCCUCCCAACACCCUCUUAGUGAUUCCUUCAUUCCUCCUGCAUUGGGAAAGCCAUAGGGCAUUAAUUGAAGGGACUCAACUCCUUUUCUUCUGCUUUACCUUAUAACCUGUCAUGGAAAUCCCUUAGGAUCCUUUCAGUCAAGAGGAUUUGGGGUUUGGGGAGGGAACCUUGAAGAUGCUAAUUUUGUGCUACUAGGUCCCUGGAAGAUAGCCUGGACAUGCGCUUUGGAAAGCCUGCCUUAAACCUCAGCUUGCUGCAGCUGGAGGCCAGAGCCCAUCCAGGCUCAGCUGAGAGGCAUGGAAGAGGUCAGUCCUGGCAGGCAGUUAACAUGCCUUAAGGGUUCCCUCUCGCUUCAGUAAAAGGUGGGCUACCUUUCCAGUCAUUCUGUCUUCCUGUGUGUACUUGGCCUCCUUCCCAGGCCCUCCCUUUGGCCUAGGGUGGGACAGUGGAGGAGAGGCUGCUCUCUACUGCUGUUGUGUGACUCUACUGUGGCCUCAGCCCUGGUGGUUAGAGCUGCUCUGUCCCUUAAUCAGACACAUUUGAGCCCUUCUCACUGGAUUUUAUAGCCCGUGUCUGUGUACAGAAGUAUAUAUACAUACACGUAUAUAAACUUGGUACAAGAGGCAAGCCCUCUUGUGACUGCUGCCCAUGUGUGGUCUCUAAAGUCACUCGGUGUCUCAUGUUACUCCUAGGCAUAUAAAACAUUUGUGAUGUGA